AUGCCAGUCGAUACCAAGUUCGUUGGUCUUGCUAUGUGCGCGGUGGAUAAGGUCAUGGACAGCAGCUACGGAGACAAGCUUCUCGAUCGGCUUGUCACGAAGCCUCAAGUCGAGAAGAACAGGAAGAAAAAACGGAACUCAAGCAAGAGACCCAUGGCUCCACGAAGGCGAAGCGAACGUCAAGCGAGGAAUCAGCGGAACGUGGCCAACGAUCUCCGGAAAGUGGAAGAAGAGCGUCCUCUCCAUCAAGAUUUCCGGCCCGAUCACAAUCUUAACGGUCCUAGCAACAUCUCUGGACUCACAUACACGACCAGCAGAAAGUCCGAGAAGACCGACAAGUACCGGCCUGUGGAUUUCAAGGUCUAA